AUGAAGUAUUCUUUGUGCAUUCUAAUAAUUCUAUCGACGGCAAUUGUGAGUUUUGGAGUAGAAUUGAAUGUUGUAUAUGAAUGGAAAUAUUGUGAAUAUGAAUGGAAGAAUCAGCAGCAGAAGAAAAAUGCUAUAAAUUCGAAAUUUUACGAUCCUCACUUAUGCUUCUUCUUCGAUGCGAUUAAAGCAGACGAUGGCAGAGUAUUUAUUUCUACACCGAAAUAUUUUGACCAUGGUGUACCUGCAAGUUUGGCAACAGUAACUAAUACAACAGGACCAGGUGGGCCACUUUUGCGCCCAUAUCCUGAUUGGAGUUGGCAUAAUAAUACAAGUUGCAUGUGUGAUGGUAUUGUCAAUGUUCACCGAAUAUAUAUUAAAUGCAAUCAUAUCUUCGUUUUGGAUUCUGGUGAAGUCGGACUUAACCAAAUUUGCAAUCCAAAAUUAUUGAUCUUCGAUUUAAAAGAUGAUACGUUAGUUAAAACUAUUUAUAUUCCACUUGACAUGGCUACUGACGAAAAGGAUAUUGGAUUAUUAGUAGCGCCUUUCACAUAUGUUCCCGGAGAAUGUACACAGUUUCUGGAUAAAAUGAUCGUUUGUAUAUUCUCUUUUUUUUAA